AGGGCCGCGCGCGGGCUCGGGCCAAUGGCAGCGCGGCGGAGGCAGGGCGAGGGGCGGCGGGAGUAUAAAAAGCGGCGGCACCUCCUCCCCCCUCCGCAGUGCCGGGCGGCGCCGGGCCGGGACGGACGGAGCGAGUGUGCCCUGAGCCCCCGCCAUGAGCCCCCUCAGCCUCCUCGCCCCCGUCCUGUUCGGAGCCCUCCUGGCGGCCGCCGGCCCCACCCAGUUCUUCCGCGAGGAGUUCGGGGAUGGAGACGCCUGGACCCGCCGGUGGGUGGAAUCCAAGCACAAACCCGACUACGGGCGCUUCGUGCUGACCGCCGGCAAGUUCUACGGCGACGCCGAGAAGGACAAAGGGAUCCAGACCAGCCAGGACGCCCGGUUCUACGCGCUGUCGUCUCGCUUCGAGCCCUUCAGCAACCGCGACAAGACGCUGGUGGUGCAGUUCACCGUCAAGCACGAGCAGAACAUCGACUGCGGCGGCGGAUACGUCAAGCUCUUCCCGGCCAGCCUGAGCCAGGAGGACAUGCACGGGGACUCCGAGUACAACAUCAUGUUCGGCCCCGACAUCUGCGGCCCCGGCACCAAGAAGGUGCACGUGAUCUUCAACUACAAAGGGAAGAACGUGUUGAUCAAUAAGGAUAUCCGCUGCAAGGAUGACGAGUUCACCCACCUGUACACGCUGGUGGUGAGGCCGGACAACACGUACGAGGUGAAGAUCGACAACGCCCGCGUGGAGUCGGGGAGCCUGGAGGAGGACUGGGAUUUCCUGCCCCCCAAAAAGAUCAAGGACCCCGAGGCCAAGAAACCCGACGACUGGGACGAGCGGGCCAAGAUCGAUGACCCCGAGGACACCAAACCCGAGGUGGGGGGGCUUUGGGGAGGGGCUCUCAGGGGUUUAGGGAGGGGCUUGGGGGUCUCCAGGGGGCAGAAUGGGGGGGCUGAGAAGGAUUGGGGAAGUACUGUGGGGGGCACAGCAGCCCCUGACGCCGAGAGGAAGAUGAAGGAGCAGCAGGACGAGGAGCAGCGCAAGAAGCAGGAGGAGGAGGAGAAGCAGCAGAAGGAAGAGGAAGGGGACGACGAGGGCGACGGCGACGAGGAGGAGGAGGAUGAGGAGGAGCCCGAGCCCGAGGAGGCGGAGGCGGCGCCGCGGGACGAGCUCUGAGGGCCCCGCGCCGGCCCCUUCUGUCUCUGUGAGACCUGGACUCUUUUCUAUGGGCGCCGCCGCCCGCGGGCCCGGCGGAGCCGCGACCGCGCCGGGCCCGCACCGGCACCGGGCCCGAACCGGCACCGGGCCCGAGGACUCAGGACCAGCGCCGGGGGUGGGGAGGGUGCGGAGCGGGAGGGGAUGGGGAGCACCGGCGGUGUCGCACGGGACUGUUACGGGCGUGUCGCGAUUCGGUUUCUAUUAAAUUAACCACGGUCCCGGC